CAAAAUCGUGUCUAUGGACGCUCGACACGAACUAGCAGUUUCCCAGCAGCAGUCUGUUGCCGCAUUUGCUGUGGCGAGUUGAUUUGACAGUACAUUACAAACAGUUAUCGUGAAAAUGAUGUGAAUGAAGUGUUUUUAAAAUAAAUUGUGACUGAAAUUCAUGUUGAAUCUUUACUUUAGUUGCUGGUGAUUGCAGUGGAGUGUAUAAUUGUGAUUUUAUGUGAACGCUACUGUGUUAAAUAGUGACCUAAAGUGGAACAAGGUGCGAUUAUUUCAAGUUCGCCGGCUUAUCAUGUUGUGGAAAUGGUGCUUGAUCUAAAGAGAUGCCUACGCUGCAGACUGGUGGGGUUGGAGCAGCUCUAUGCUGAGGAAAAGUUUUAAUAUCGAGUUCAGUGGAAUUUGAAAUUCAGAAGCACUACAGUCUGCUGUUUUGUGUGUUCGAUAUUCGAAAUGCUCGAUCGCGAUUGGUCCGUGUGCGCGACGCGAUUGUGAUAAGUGAUGUGCAGUGUCGAUAGUGGAUAUCGAUAGUCAGGAUGGCGACGAUGGAUCUCACAAACGAAGUGGUCCGGUUACGGGCUGAACUGGAGAAAGUCUCGCAGGAGCGCGACAUGUUGCUAUGUGAAGUCUCCAAUUUACGUCGGGAAUUGGAGCUGAGCGAGUUGAAGCAUUUACAGGAUGACAGCUUCUCCCAGAAGGUGGACGAGGAAGAGUCCAGCGGCGGCGUGGCUCUCCAUCCACCAGACGCGUUCUACUCGCAUCAGCACUCACUGCACAGCCAUCAUGGGCACCCGGAACCCGACCGGGGGUACAUGGACGGCAACAGAUACGUCACCGCUGUCCAUCGAACUAUGCCAGCAUUGAACCACUCGAACUCGUCAUGCUCCUCAGCCUCGAACGCGUCCACGGGCGCGGGUCUUUGCGCGGUUGCGCAAGAACCUCCCCCACCCCUGUACAUCGCCGCGCCACCAGAGGGGUUCGGAUUGGCAGUGCAUACCAACAGGCGUGGUACAGACGUAUCCAUCAUUGGGACUACUGGAAUAUCGCAAAAAGAUUCGAGCUUGCCCCAAAAACGUGGCAAAUUGAUUAGAGGUCGUUAUGAAAUGUCACAAGACCUCUUGGACAAGCAAGUGGAGAUCCUCGAGAGGCGGUACGGCGGCCUCCGAGCGCGCCGGGCAGCCGUUACCAUCCAGAGGGCGUUCAGGAGACGUCAGCUGCUGAAGAAGUUCAGCGCCAUCACAGCUAUGGCCAAAGCCGCGGACUCGACAGCGAGGAGGAUGCAGGAUGGCCCCGAUCACGUUCAACUAGUCAAUGGUACAGAUAUAUACGCAAAUACGUUACUCCAGAAAAGUCCGGCGGGUACGGAGAAGAUGCUUGCCUUAACUCGCCCCAUGCGGUCCAUGUCGCUCAGGGAGCGCCACGAUAUGGACAUGAUCAACCACCUUCAAGAUCAGAGUGAGGUAGAAGCGAUGGUCGCAAGAGUUCAGCAAUCUGCUCAUCAGAUACAUAUGAUAGCUUCCGAUAUGCCGCCCCAUCAUCGAGGCGACGCCGACAGCGGGGUGUGCAGUUGCUCAGUGAGUGGUUCCGUUACCAACAUAUCAACGUCCUCGUCGCACAAUGAAUCUCUACACAACCACCAAUUGUUGAAUAAUACAGGUCCUAUUUACGGGAACCUGUUAUCUUCCGGUGGGAAGCCCUUAUCGUCGCCUACUGCUCGACAACAGCAACAACUAGCCGCGAUACAAGCUGCCAAUGCGCGUCGUUUACCGCCCGAAGUGCCAAAGAGAACUAGCAGUAUCACGCUCAAUGCGGAGAGUCCAGUUUCGCUCCGUCGCGCGGAAUGCGGCGGCGCUGUAGUGCGGGGCGGGUCGAUGUCCUCCGUGCAAUCGUCAUCGUCUUCGUCAUCGCAAGAGCAUCGCCAUCACUAUCAUCAGCCUUACCAACCUAGGGCACCGGAACCGCACGUCCACAUCCCAGAGCAGCACUACCAAGCCCACCAGCGGGCCGCGUCCGGCCCCGCGCUAUACGAGCCGGCCGGCAACAACUACUCCGUGUGGAAGCGGCAGGACGCGCCCCCCUACUACGACGCCCCGCCCCCGCCCCCCGCCGCCUGCUGCCGCCCACAGCCCCACCACCCGCCGCUCAAGGUGUCCGAAACGGUCCGCAAGCGGCAAUACCGCGUUGGCUUAAACUUAUUCAACAAGAAGCCAGAACGUGGCAUAGCGUACCUGAUAGCUCGAGGGUUCCUGGAGAACUCCCCUAGAGGGGUUGCACGGUUUCUCAUCACCAGGAAGGGGCUGAGCAAGCAGAUGAUCGGAGAAUACCUGGGCAACCUGCAGAACCCGUUCAAUAUGGCCGUGCUAGAAUGCUUUGUCAACGAGCUGGACCUUUCCGGAAUGGCGGUAGACGUGGCCCUGCGUAGAUACCAAGCUCACUUCCGAUUACCGGGCGAGGCUCAGAAGAUAGAACGAUUAGUGGAAGCGUUCGCGAGACGAUACUGCGUGUGCAACACGGAUUUCGUGCAGCGUUUACGUACUCAAGACACGAUAUUCGUGUUAGCGUUCGCGAUAAUAAUGCUGAACACAGACCUACACACACCGAACUUGAAGCCCGAAGCCCGAAUGUCACUAGACGAUUUCGUACGAAACUUGCGAGGCAUAGACGACUGCGGCGACAUCGACCGAGACAUGCUGGCCGGCAUCUACGACCGAGUUAAAUCGAGCGAAUUCCGUCCGGGAAGCGACCAUGUUACCCAGGUGAUGAAAGUGCAAGCUACGAUAGUAGGCAAGAAGCCGCACCUAGCCCUCCCGCAUCGGCGACUAGUCUGCUACUGCAGAUUGUACGAAAUACCUGAUAUACACAAGAAAGAACGCCCUGGAGUACAUCAGAGGGAGGUGUUCCUUUUCAACGACCUGCUGGUGAUAACGAAGAUCUUCAGCAAAAAGAAAUCAUCAGUUACCUACACUUUCCGUCAGUCGUUCCCAUUGUGUGGGAUGAGUGUCAACUUGUUCUCUGUACCACAUUACCCCUUCGGAAUUCGUCUAGCGCGGCGCGUAGACGGCCGUCGCCUAGCAACCUUCAAUGCUCGCAACGAGCACGACCGAUGCAAAUUCGCCGAAGAUCUGCGCGAGAGCAUCGCGGAGAUGGACGAAAUGGAUGCCAUGAGGAUUGAAGGGGAACUGAACAGGGGCAAGGGGCGAGGCGGGGGGAACAAUCGGAACGUCAUGGAGAAUCGCGACAGUGGAGUAGCCGAUGUGGAGAUUGACCACCAACAGUGCAUGGACCACGUGCACGUUCAUGGCGUGGUAGUGCCACCACCACCAUCCGGUCCGGCUCCAUCGGCACCAUCUCGUUUACCACACAAUCCACCACCAACCACCAUUAUCAAGAGAAACGUGCUUUCCAACUCGCUCGUCGACAUCAACGACCCAGUGGCAUUAGCGGCUGAGCGUCUUCAACGGCGAGGGUCCGUGGGUUCCCUGGAUAGCGGCAUGUCGGUAUCCUUCCAGCAGGGCAGCAGGAAUGCACUCCAUGCCACUUCACCUCGCCAUCCGGGCGAACAGAGGUCACCUGGUCGCCUCUUUGGAGGAAUAUUUCCCGGACGGCAACGCAAACUGAGCGCGUCCGGUGUUCCGGACACGAAACACGGACAAGUUGGCAAGAGCACGGAAGUAUAAAUUGGAUACUUUAUAGGAGACACCAAUGAACAUGAUCGUCGGACGCGAUUUCCAAUGUAAAAGGAUCUCAAGGAUCAUACAUAUUUACAUUUACAGUAUAUAAAAAUUGACAGGUUGCUUUGCAACUAAAGUAAUAACGACGGGUUAUAUCAGAGAAAAUGAACAACCAAAGUUGUUCUAAAGUAUGUUAUUUCACGCUAACGAUUGUCGCAAUUAUGACUCCUAAUGCGAAAGUAUAAGGUUCAAAAUACCCAAAGUGUUUAAGUGGGUGACAGUUUGGUGUUACAUUACAUAGACAUUUUCGAGCUGGUUUCGAAAACUGUAACGAAUAAUAAAUUAUUAUAAAUGGACAUUAAAAUUUUCCUUAAAAAAAGGAAAAGAUCUGUUUUUCAAUAUCAGAAGAUUAGCGUUAAAAUGCCAUUCUUAAAAGAGGAUUCUCUAUUGUCUUCCGAUUUAGAGAAAAAGACUUAAAAUACUUAAAAAUAUUCAAACAUUUUAAUUGUGUUUUUUAUGAGUAAUUUAUUAGAUCAUUUUCUCCUUUGAAAAUGGCAUUACUGUAACUAGUAAAUUUGCACUGUGCCAUCUGUGGAUAUUAGGCGAAAAGAAAUCUAAUUAUAUUAUGUUAAAGUGCCAACUAUAAAGCAUUUUUGGUACUUAGGUACAUUGUAGUUACUAAUAGCGUAACUUCACAUUUUCUAAUUAAUUAUGCACGGUAAUUAACCAUAACCAUGAAACAAGGAAAGUCCUUAAAGUCGAUGCUAAACAUCCGUAAACGCAUUUUUAAUAGUUUACAACUCGAAUAAAUCAUUUUGUGCUCCCACACAUAACUGCGAAUUCGCAUCGCAUCGCAAAUAUCUGUGCGUUCGCACGAAUGCACCGCAAGAACUUACGAUCUGAUUCACAUUGCAUAUUUCUGAGAUAUAACUUUACACUUGGUGACGCCAUUUUAGUCAGCUCUGAGACUGUACGAUCGUUUUUGUGGAUACGGUGAUAAUAAACUCAAAAGCUCUUUAAUUGAAGACAUGCUCAUUCUAAAAUAAUCAAAAAAAAAUCUAUUUCUGUUCUCAAACCAUAAUAUUUUCAGCAGCAUCAGCGUUCAUAAUCGUUAUAAAUGGAUGAACCCAAAAUCUUAUUUUUCUUCUAUAUCUAUUUUACAAUAACAGCAGUGCAACAUUUUUUUUGCGUUCCAUGUCACUAUUACUAAAACAUGUCCAAUACGGCUGACUACCGUUGAAGGCAUGGUCAUCCUAACCAAAGCUUUGCUUAACGAAUUCGCAUCCUGCGAUGCGACGUCGCAUCGCAUCGGGUCGCAGUUUUGUGUGGGAGCCCUUUGGUGCUUAUUUUAAAACAAAAAAGGGUGGUAUUAUUUAUUUAUCGAAUUACAAAUGUUAUUCGAGUAAUGUAAACAAAACAAUGCUUAUUUUAGACAAGUUUCUUCUUCUUUUAAUAACAAGGUCAUUGUUUAAGAAAAUUAAUUGUGUACUCUCAUAGUAUAUACGGUAGAACAUACAGUGCUAAAACUAUUACCCUUCAUUGUUUUUUGUAGUCGGGUGAAAAAAUACCGUAUCUUACCUCACAGGACCCAGUAUUUAUUUAGGUUUUUUAUCUCAUUAACCAGAUUUUCAUAUUUAGUAUAUGAAGAACAUUUUCUAAAAGUUCAGUGUAGCAGAGUUGUAGGAAUACUUCCCAAUGGGUUGAAACUUCGUUUGCGUACGUUUAGGGUAAACCCUAACUAGCUCAAUCGAAAACAUUUUGAUAAGGAAAUACUGUGCAAUAUAAAAUGAAUGAACUGCAUUUAACAAAAAUAAACGACUAACAAAAGACCUUUAAUAGGACAAAACUUGGUGAUUAAAUUUGUUUUUUUGAAGUGGUGGGAUUAUGGUCUUUGUGACGUAAACGAAAACAUUGGGUCCACGUUUUUUGGAAGUAGAGUUAUUGUAAGGGUCGGUUUUUGUAGAUGGCAACACUAACUUUGAUAGUAUCCUUAACCAUGUGCACUACGCGGGCAAGGUAUUGUCGAUCGGAAAGGAAAUAAGGGUCUUUUAUGAGAGAUAAAUUGAGAGAGAUGUUUUAUCGAUCGUUCGAUAGUUAAGUACGCAAGCUAAAGACGCGACACUUAAUAUAAUAUUUCAUUCCACGUUACCAGAAACCACAAAGUAUUAAAAAUUACUUUAUAUACAUGCAUAACUAUAUAUUACUUAAAAAAAGAAAGAUUUUAAAUUAUUAAUAAUAAAGAAUUUUCUCUUAGAUUUCAUGAUAAAUUAUUUUUUUCUUAGAAUAAUUGUACAUACGUUUGGUUUAGAUUGCAAUAGGGUAUUAGGUAUCACGUUAUAAAGCACUGUCGAGCAAUACCUACAUAAAUGUCGACACAUAGUUACAUCACAGCAAUGUAGGCUAUAAAUUUAUUACGAAAAAAAAUAUAUAAAAUAAUAAUACGAAUUUAUUCACUAUUGUUGAUGAAUUUUAUUAGCUUUAUAGGCGAUUUGAGAACAUUUUUGAAAUAGACUAAUUACAUUACCCUUGACUUUUUUAAUGUUCUUUGUCUAGUCGACAGAUUAAUAGAAUUCUGUCGUAUGUCCAUGUCAAAUGUUAUUAUAUAAAAGAAAUACCUAAAUCUUCCUUAAAAUGAGUAUAAUUGUUGCCAUUCAACUCGUUAAAAUUAAAAAUUUCGACUGCAUUUGUAAGUCGAUAGGUACUCCUUUAAAAUAUUUAUAUUUCAUACAUAAUAUAAAAAGUCUGAUUUUACUCUUUGACUUUACUACUUAACGUUACCUUGAGGGUAACGCGACUUUAUGCGUUACCCAACUUACCCUCCUUGGAUUUACCAUAACGUAUACCUAAUUAGUUUUAAGUAAAUAAAUGACUCCGGGCCGGUCUUUUUGAAAUGCAAUGCUUUGAUAUUUAUUUCAUGGCAUAAACUAUGACUUACUUAAAUAAUGAUUUGAAAAGGUUUUUAGAGCUUAAAUGUUUUCUGAUAAAAUUCAAAUUUAUGUAACUCAAGAUUAUAAAAUUAGACUGGCACAAAAUAAAAUUGCUGCAAAAGAAUAAAUCUUUUGUUUCCAAUAAUGUAAUGCUAUUAUAAUGAAUUUUAUAAGUAUCCUUUUUUAACUAUAGAAAAUGAGAUAUUUAUCCUUUUCAAUGUAUGUACUCUAUUUGUUCCGUAAGAUUAGGAUGAAAAAGAAAAAUGUACUUUAAUAGACCGGCCAAAGAUUGAAAAUAUAAUGUUGACUAAUUAAAAGUAGCUAACCACUGUUAACUAACUGUAUUUAAGCUUGUUGAUUGUACUGUUUGAUACGUGGGUAGUUAGAGAAUUAAACUGACUUCUUGUCUUCGGGCAAUGCGUUCUAAUCGCGAGCGGGAUCUUUGCUUUUUUAUAAUAUUAUAAAAUUUGCUAUCAAAUUGUAUAACGGAAAACAUACUUUUCUACGUCUUAGAGAAUACUUAUUACUACUUAAAUUUUAUACUAUACUUCAAAUGUUUUGUUUCUUCAUGUGUAUGUAUUCUUUGUCAUUUUCUAUUGUCUUUUUCGCGUUAUUUUUGAAUGUCAAAAGCUUUUUUUAUUUCAAAAUUUUAAUUAUGUUAUUCUUUUAAAGAAAUUGUCUUAAGACUACUAUUUAUCUGUAAAUUAUAUCGCCGUAAUGGACAGUUUCUUUGUCCAAAACUGUUCUGUAUUGAAUCUCCUUUUGAUAUAUCGUUAAUGAUUUCAUGAUUAUAAUUAUUUAUAAGUAUAUUACUUAGCAGCAAUUAAUUUUGGACUUUGUGUACGGAAACGGAAAUGUCUCGGAGUUUAUUUCAGACGCACAUUAUAUAGCCUGUAUCACAUUACUGUGUAUACAGGAUGUUUUUUAAUAUAAAAAAGUCCUUCAGUACAAUAUUAUUUAUAGUUGCUUUAUCGAAAACGAUGCUGUCCUCGAGACUUAACUUUCCAAACAUUUUUUAUAGUUAAUUGGAAUGCAUUGAUUUUUUGUUCUUAGAAGUCUUUUUCUUUUUUUUCUUCGCGUAGAUAAUGUAUGCAAGAAUGCGCGUUUUUUUUUGAAAAUUAGCUCUAAUAAAUAUUGUAAUGCAUGACAAAUGUAAAGGAAUUGAUUCUUGGUUGGAGUUUAAAGUCAGGGCCCACUUAGGUCGGGGUUAACCUAGAUGAAGGUACAUAGAUACAGGCUGAUAUGGUAGUAAGAUAGCGUUGACACACAAGGCAUAUUAUAUAUAGGGGUAAUUGGUUACUUAAGAGGUGAUUCAUGGGUUGGGUUAUACUAAAGGUGGUGGAAAAUGAAACAGCAGUGAAAUAGGAACUUUCAUAGUUUCAACAGUAUAUUUGUAAUCUUAAUUGCAAGUAAAAUUGGCGGUUACCUUUACUUUAACUAAUCGCCUGUUAUUAGGGUAAUACUUUGAUUACCAAUAAAAACAAAAAUAGGAUUCCCACGAGAUUUUAAAACCGAAUCCUAGAGGUUUACCAAAAUAUUAUUUCAAUCAACAAAAAUUUAAUUCUAUAGUACCUCGAAAGUGGAAUAAUUUUACAUCAGGGAGCACCCCGUAUCUAAGGCUGGCGUUGACUAAUAAACUCAACAUUUAAUUAUUGUAGAUUAUGAUAUAUAAUAAAAAAUAAUGUAUCUAAGAUUGGUAGAGUAACUAUUUCGGACUUUAACAUCUAAACCUUAAACUUGAAUUUUUCAUAACAAUGUUUUAAUGCAGUUUCUUUUGUCUACACAAAUAUCAUAUUGUUGAUGAUUUUUCCGAAAUAGAUAAAACUCGUAUAUCGAUCUGGGGCACUACCAAGAACUGUUAUCGCAACGCAUUUUAAGUGUUAGAGAAAGACAACGCUAUACGUCCAAGUGUAUGGCGUCAUCUAGCAUCGAGCGCUUAUUUAGGAUAGCUUUAAGAGUUAAUGGUACAGCUCCUUUAGUAGUUUCUUUUACAAAGAAACUUCAAUAUACUUUGUGUACGUAUUUCAAGCGAAAUGCGUUCUUAUUCCCAGAGGUAUAAAACUUAAUAUGAGUAUUGUUUUGUGAUAAUGGCGUGUUUUAUUUUAAAGUUUGUAGAAAUGUUUGGUUUUUCUUUUAAUGCAGGGGCUUGUAUUACCAUUAUAUAUUAACAUCAAAAUUAUUUUGAAUGAGUUAACUAGAAUGUAAUAUUCUAAUUUAUCACAAUCUUAAAGUUUAUAUAACAAAGCUAUCUUUUGUAAUAAAAUUGAUAAACAUGAUUUGUAAUGCCCCAGCGUUAUUGAAAUAUAGUACUGUAUUAAUACAUAUUACUUUUUUUGAAAUACGCCUAUUAAUAAUUGUACGUGUGAGUUGAUUGAAUAAAUUGCUUUUGUAUAUUUCGCUUGAAGCCAAAGAUGUAUAAUUUUGUGUUCAAUAUGAUGAUCACCAUGACGUCGAUAGCCUUCUAUGUAAAUCGAAGCUUUGAUUUUGAAAUAUAGCGGUUUCAUAACGUUUAUAAAAUAUUAUUCGUAAAUUCUUAAACUAACUCUAUAUUUUGAACUUUGUUUGUGCCUACAAAAUGGUGUUUAUUUUUUGCAAACUUUCUCGCAAGCGCAGGCGAACUACAUAUAACAUAUAAAUUAAACGAAAUUAAUGCAAAACAUAGUCAUAAUGUGACGUGAAUGAAGGUAGCACUUCAAUAUAGCUGGCACUGGAAGCAAUAAAUAAUUAAUCUAUUUCAAAGUAAAAAGUUAAAAAGUAAAGCACGCUAUUAAGAUCGUUGAAAAAUCUAAGUGUAGUAACAAAUGGAAUGCUUCAACAUGCAAGUAGUAGCAAUUAACAGUGCAAAUGAAAGAUUGUCUGUGGUUAUUUGGUGCGCACUUCACAUAUUUAUAGGAGAAAAUCACGAAUAUAACGCCAUUUUGUAGUCUCAGACAAAAAAUAUUGUGUGAAGUGAAGGUACUAUUUCCAUGUCAUUUUAAGUUAAUUCGGAGGGAUUUAGUUUUCUGUAACAUAAAAACUUUACUAACUUAUUCUUAACUUGUAUGUAUAUUGAAGAGUACAUUUCUAAUAUAUAUUAUUAUUAUAUCCUUUAGUUACAUAAUUGUUAUAUAGAAUUUAGUGUAAGCAAUAAACGCAUGAUACGCGUAACUUUAUAUGUUGUAUAAUAUUAUGAUAACAUUGUUGAGAGUUGGUACACCUAAGUCACUUACGAUAGUUUUAUUUAAUUGAAUAUAAAUAAAAACAAUGAAAAUGUAUUUAUUUAUUAAAUAUGAAUUAACAUUCAUGAUGAACUCGGGUUGUUUCAUUUGGAAAAUACUCUUAUAAAUGUAACCUUUUUUGUGUUUUGCAACAAACUUGGAAGGGGUAUCAAAAUAACGAUUUAUUACGGAGAAGAUUUAGUUAAAAGGUCUCGGAUGCUGGUUAAAUCAUCAUCCCUAUUAAUACAGGCGACUGAAAUCACAAGCAAAAAGUCGUCUGAAGUCGAAGCGCAUGGAAGCGAAUUUCAGAAACGUAACAAAGAAAAUUCACCAUUAUCUCCGCAACAUAAUGUACAUAUUCCUUCUGAAAUUAAAACAUUCGACCGAGUUCCUCUGAUUAGCAGCUUUUAAGGAAUAUGUGCAUUACGUUGCGGAGAUAAGGGUGAAUUUGCUAUGUUACUGUUUCCGAAAUGCG